AUUAGAACAUUUAUUGGCUUCGCAUCAUAUCUUAUUUGAAUUCAAAGAAACACCAUUCGACUAGCUAGCUUUUGCAGUCAUCUCAACAUGACAGGAGAGCAACACUCUCCUGUGGAGAGGAGAGUGUGCUCUCCUGUCAUGUUCUACCUUGAUUAUUGGUACUCCUAGGGCCCAGGCCUGUUGGCUACUGGAUUUACGGUUCAUUUCUAAAAGCGCUCAGGCGCAUGCCAAAUCGUCUUUCACUUAUCUGCUGUCCAGGACUCCUUCCUCAUCCGCAACUAAAAUCCAACCUCACAGUUCUCAGAGGUCCACAGGAACUCUCAUACAACUCCUUCAUGUCAGCUGAUGCAAAGCACGCAAUCACAACCAAAUUCAAGCUAAGUUGCAUGCGACACAGCAUGCCAACUGUGUUGCUGCUAAUGAGAAGCAGUGUUUCCCAUGUUCAUGUCUGUUCCCCAGAUCUCUGGGCUGUCUAGGCUCCACAACUAAAAUAUGAAAAUCUGCAGUUGACAAGGAUAAUCACAC